AUGAUGAACCAUCAUCUGCCGGCAGGGCCAUCGCAUAUUCCGCAAACCGCUCUGCCUGCUCACUCUUCGCCCAUGCAACACCACCACCAAUCGCGCCGUCACCAGGACUACCAACAGUAUCACCAGCAACAGGCCGUCCAGAAUCCCUAUGCCCAGUAUGCUCACCACCCGGGCGUUCAGGCUUACUACGGCCAUCCCGCGCACUUGGGUUAUCCUCCACAGCAACGUUGGAUGCCUCAGGCUUAUGGCUACCCCAUGCACCAGCAUCACCAACAGCAUCAGUACCAGCAGCAGCACCAGCAGCCGCAGUAUCCUCCCCGCUCGCCGGUAGUCGUUAGCUCGCAACCACAGAUGGCCGCCAUGCCUCCACCCGUCACGCGACAGACAAGUAUGCCAUACAUGGCUCAGCCUCCGCCCGCUCCAUCUCAGUCGCCUCUCCACCAGCUCCCUGUUGCACAGUCGCCGCUGUACCAUGCUCCCCCAACUCCCGCCACUUCGAUUCCGCAGUCCAUGCCUUCGCCUCGUCCGGCUUCUGUACAGGCAUCGACCCCAUCGCUACCUGCCUCACGUAGAUCGUCUGUUGCUCAGCCCCAGCCUGCGGUCCGCCGCAUGCCAUUCUAUCCUAAGGCAUCCAAGCGUAGAAGAAAGAGACAGGAUCUGACGGCCGGUAACGACGCUGUGGCUUUGCCAUCGAGGACUGCUGCUCCUGCCCAAGAACCUGCUGCCGAUGCGACUCAAGUCUCGACUGUGGCCGCACCUUCUCAGGUCCCAUCUGCUCGGGAAACUCCAGCAACCUCUCAAGCUCCCUCCGAGGCCGACGUCGGCGUAGUCACUCCUUCAUCCGCAUUGCCAGAAGUCUCGAAGCCUGCAACUCCCCAGAGCCAAACCAAGAAAGACUCGAGGCCAGCCGUUCCUAUUGUACCUGCAGUGCCCGCCGCUAGACCCAAGACGGCUUCAUCUGAGGCCAUGUCGACUACUGCCAGUGCCAAUGAGCAGAGUGUGUCUGCUGCCGAGCCUGCCGUACCUCAGCCCGAGGCAGGCGCCGAGACCAAGCCUGCCGAGCCUGCUGCUCCUGCACCCAAGGCAGCUCCCAAGUCAUGGGCAGAUCUUAUGCGCUCCAAGAACUCUGCUGCUGCCGCUGCUGCAUCUUCUGCUGCUGUGAAUGGCAGUGGCCCGGCCAACGGUGCAGCCCCUUCCAGAGCUAGCACUCUUGCUGGUGCUCUCAAACAAUUCAACGUCGACGAUAAUGAUAAGGUUGCCUUCUUGGAGCCCAGAGGACUUGUAAAUACUGAUUCCGCUGAGAAGCUGCGCAUGCGUCUCAAGGACCAAGAACUAGAACAAUACGGUGACUCCAUCACGCCCGAAUAUGUUUACGAUACUAUCAAGGACCUGCCUCGCUUUGCCUCGAUGAGACGUGGUCAUCAACAAGAUGCCGAAGAGUUCCUGGGCUUCUUGCUUGAUGGUAUUCAUGACGAAUGUAUGACUGUGAUGCGCAAAGCCGGAGUGGACUCGGACGAUUCCGCUCAGCCUGCAUCACCUGCCAGCACUACCUCAGGUGCAAACACUGAUGCUGGCUGGCUCGAGGUUGGUCCCAAGCAGAAACAGUCCGUCACUCGCCAGAGUGGUGAAUCACUGCCCACUCCCAUCACUCGCAUAUUCGGAGGUUCUCUUCGUUCGGAGCUUCGUGUUCCUGGUCUCAAGAACUCGGUCACUAUGGAGCCAUACCAACCCUUGCAACUGGACAUUGGUGCACCCGACGUCAACAACAUCAUCCAAGCUUUGAAGGCCAUUACAAAGCCGGAGACGUUGACUGGAGAUUUUGGUUCACCUCGCGGACCCGGCACAACUGCUGUCAAGCAAGUCUUUAUUGAAAGCCUUCCACCAGUCCUCAUUCUGCACCUCAAGCGCUUCCAGUACGACAACACCGGUGGUACUCAGAAGAUCUGGAAGAAGGUCGGCUACCCACUCGAGCUAGAGAUCCCUAAGGAGGUCUUCGCCCCUCAGAAGCGUGGUAGUUUGGCUGUCCAGGGUGGUGCUCCCAAGUACCGUCUUACAUCAGUCGUCUACCAUCAUGGCAAAAGUGCUGCCGGCGGUCAUUACACUGUUGACAUCCUCCGACAAGAUGAGCGCGAAUGGGUUCGUGUCGAUGAUACCAUGAUUCGUCGCAUCCGUCCCGGAGAUGUGGCAGAGGGCGGCUCGGAGGAAGAUCCCAGGGUUUUGGCACGUGCGCUUGAGCAGCACAAGGCGGACACGGACGCUUCCAAACGUAACCUGUUCGAGGGCUUGGAUGGCGACGAUGACACGGAUAGUGUACGCAGCUGGAACGAGGUCAACGGCGGCAACAAGAAGCCUACACUGGCAUCGGCUGUUGCAAACGGAUCAUCAUCUGGUAAACGCACACCACUGGCCAAGGACAAGAGCAGCGUCAAGGACAACAAGGUCGCUUACAUCUUGCUCUACGAAAAGAUGACGGGAUGA